CAUACUGCCCUAGUUCCCGUUUAUCAUGUUUAUUGUGCGAAUUAAUACAAAACCAAACUAACGAAACGUGCUGCUAGCUGCAAUAGGGCCAGGCUAGUGUCUAGUGAGUACAAGUACGAGUGAUCUCAUCCUGGACUGCCGAGAUCGCUAUGGAACUGGCACUGGCUUGAUCGUCUCCUCCCCCCCCCCCCCCCACGAGUACUGACGUGCGGCCUCUCUUACUUGGUCUUAGUCUAACAAGCAUAACUACUUGUCCCUUGCCAACAAUUAUACUGAACAAUACUUGUUACUUCUGCCGGUAGCGGACUGGUUUUAGCGGAGACAGCAUCGAGGAACCGCACGAAGCUGGGGACAAGACGUAGUGCAGGUGUGUACGUAGCCGCUUCAGCCUCUAGGUAUCCGCGGCAUUCACCGCAAUCACACCAGUCGUGCGGCAAUUGACAGUGCUGACCAGCGGCAUACUGGGCUGCAAUAGCACUGCAAUGGCCCUGUUCAACGUGACACUGCAUGGUCUCGCAGACCCGUUUGAAUGGUCCUCUCAGCCACACACCCAGGUUGCGAGUCAGCAGGAUGAGCAAGAUGAGACGGACGGAAGUGCCGCCGACUUUGGCGCUCGGGCAGCUGCAAUGGCUGAUUUGAGUGACUGGACUGGAUCGAACAGCACCAUAACCGCUGGCCGGAGAAGCAGUUCAAACUCGCGUAACCCAAGCAUCACAAGCGCUGACAUCCACAGCCGGAGAGGCAGCAGUGGCGGUGGCAACGCUCCAUCGUCGAAUCCUCGCACGGAGUUGAUUAGCGGACGCCGGGGGACGCAGCGCCCAAGAUCAACGCGCUCCGCAGCCAUUCGAGCCAGCGAGGUUCCGGUCAGCGAGGGCUUGGUUCUCCCGCCGGUCCCCGGGGCUCUGCCGCCAGUGCCUGCACUGGUGCGGGGUAAUACAGCGCCAACACCAAAGUUCCUCAGGUGGAAACCAGCCCAUGGCGGGUCUCAUCAGAAGUUCGUGGAGUUGAGAACCAAGCAUCGACACAAUAAAGCUGGUCCGAAUGAUAUCUACACGCCGCAGCUAACGACGACAAAUGACUACGGCCGUUGGCUGCGUACAUGCAUGCCGCAGGACGAACAGUGGGUGCUGGAGAGACGGCGUGGCAUUGCUGCCAGCGAGGUGACAAAAUUCGUUGAUGAAAUGGCCAAGACGAACAAGGACUUCAGCCUAUUUUAGACCUGCACUCGAUAUCUAGCCUGGGCUCACGGGAACAUCUACCUAACGCCGGGCAUGUCACGAGAAAGAAGUGAAGUUAGCUGGAGUCAUCAAAGUACAUGUACACAUCAUGGUAUGUUGUCCCACUGGAGUGAGAGGAUCUGGUUGAACUUCGUGCGGCUCUUGGCUUUGAAAGCAUGAAGGCCAGCUAGGCAUGUUAGCAAACCAGCUUGCUUCAAACAAUAUUCAGAAUAUCAAAAAAUUAUUAUCAUGUUAAAAAAAUAUGGCAUGUGUCGCUGGUACUGAGAGAAGAAAAGUGUGUCUAUCAGCAUGUUGCAAUGUGAUGUUAUGAGCUACAGCACACUUCACCUCAACUUAUAUUCGUAUUUGCAUGCAUUUUCAUGGAGACGAUCAGUUCUCCCUAGAGAUAUGCUGUCAUGCUACUUCAAGUACUGCCAUAAGGACACAAUCAUUAUAGACAGGAGAUUCAAUUGUAUGAUUAUGAUGUUUGGUGUUCUAAGCUUCAGCUGGCAUUUUGAAUACUAGUACUGGUAAAUGUAGAAACGGAGAAAAGAUAUGUUCAGCGUCCCAUCCAAUAAUUGUUGUUGUGUGAGCCCCCCUUCCCUAGCCUCUGGUCUCGGAUCACUUUUCAAACAAACUCAGUAAAUUAUGCUCGUCUACGUUCCAGUUUAGAAUCCAGCUCCGCUGACGGUG